AUGCCCGCGGACCGGCAAGCGCCGGUCGUGGGCGGAGGGCCGCCCCUGGCCCUGCUGCUGGAGGCCGCCCACAGAUCGGCGACGGCGGGCAUUGGCCGAUGGGUUGACCUGAUGGGGAACCGCCUGGGCGACGGGCUGGCCUCCCUGAGGCGGCGGGUGGACGAGAUUCGAGACCGCGUGCCACUGCUGCGCAUCCUGGACGGAGCGGGGAUGGGCGGAAGGAUGGCCGUGCGGGGGCUGAACACGGCGUCCAUGAGCUUUUGCCAGGGCAGCAGGAGGGGCCCACAGCCUGUGUUCGACUUGGCCAUGGAUCCCGAUGAACUGAAGGCUCGCAUAUCCACGAUCCCCAUCUACACCGUGGCCAACAACAAGAACGAGUUCGUCCUUGUGUCUGCAGAGGGACAGAGGCAGGUUGGACUGUUGUUCUUGUCAGAGGAAGGUGCUUACGGACUUGUUGACAAGAUGAAGAAAGUCAACCCUAGCAUGGGCCGCAACUCUAAGGUGCUGAGGGUCAUGCUGGACGAUGUGUAUGACCUGCUGACCACACCAAAGAAGGAACUGCAGGGUGCAGUCUUCCGAUUUGUGCCAGAUAUGAAGCAGGUGGCCAAUGCCCUUGAGGUGUACCAAUCUGCAGGUGUGCCAACACGCGCCAUCACUGGCGUACCAGUCUUCCAAGCUGAAGGUCUCAGCAUUACCACGGACUCAUCACGCUCAACGCCCAUAUUUUUGAGCAAGGACGACCUCGACGUUGCGGUCGAAACCGCCCAGAAGAUGCGAGUGCAGCGGCUGGAGAAUCAGCUCCAGGCGGUGGCUGAGCAGUUCGAUGCAGAAGCGGCCGAGGCCCUCAGCAAGGCUGAGAACGGGGACAAGAACGAUGCCAAGAAGUGGAAGGCGGCGGCUGCGAAAGCGGAGGGAAAGGCAGCCGAAGCCAGGAAGAAAAUGGCAGACAAAUCUGUUCUUGGAACCCGGCCACGGGUUGAGGUGGGCAGUCUAGAGGAUGUCAUCAGCAGGAUGGAGUGUGACACGACGGGCACUUGGGGAAACGUGACAUUCGUUCGGUCAGGCAUCAUUGCCGAUCCCGACGGGGGCAUUGGCACUGCAAAGAAAAGCUGA